CAAAAGGGCUUGGCUUGAGAGGAAACUAGGAUUCUCUGUUAAGAACUUCUGGGGCCCUAGAGUAGAAAACCUCAUCCAAGUCUUGGGGAACCAGAAGUUCCUAAUAAAGGAGAUAGGAUGCUUAACUAGAAGUCUGCCAUUGUCCUUAACUGGAGCACAUUCUGGGUAGAUACAGGGGGUGAUACUGGGAGGUGACUUAUAUUCAUUCCUUCCUUGAAUGGAACAGUGCCACAGCUCCCUUAGUCCUGGACAGGGGCUAUCUGGCAGUGAGGAUCUGCCACAGCUUUUCUGUGGCCUGGGCCAGACCAGCUUCCCAGCUCUGCUGUGUGCCUGGGGAUGUUCAAUCACUAUAAAGUGAAUUAAAAGGCCCUUGAGGUUCCUGGAUGCCAGUGCUGGUCUGCCCAGGGCUGCUUAGUGGCACUCCCAGAACUCUGCCAGCUGUAACAACACCUUGCCAGGGUGGCUGGAGCAGUGCUGACAUUGUGAAUGGAGCCAAGAAGGCAGGCAUCCUUAAGGGAUAUAAGACCCUGAUGCACAAGCCAAGCCCAUGUGGGGAUGAGGUAGAGGGAGCAAGUGGCCUGCAUCAUAUCUGGGACCAGAUAAGAACCUCCAAAUUACAUCCUUCACCUGGUGGUGGUGCCUGAGGCCCUGGCAUUAAAAGCCUAUGGUGCAUCUUACAAGGGUACAUGUGAAACUUAGUAAAUGUAGAAUAUAAAUGUCUUAACACAGUAACUGAGAAAAUGCCAGGAAGGCUAUGUUAACCAGUGUGAUGAAAAUAUGUCAAAUGGUCUAUAAAACCAGUGUAUGGUGCCCCAGGAUCGCAUUAAUAUACACAGCUAUGAUUUAAUAAAAACAACAACAAAAUGAUACCGGGGGGCGGGGGAGAAGCCCGCUUCUGUCCAGAAAGAAAACUGCAUUACACUUAAAGCUGUCGGUCUGUGCCACAUUCACAUGAAUGAAUUUUAGAUCUUUCUCAAGAGCGGGUUUUUCAUUACUCAACACAGUAUUCCAGCAGAAAAGGAAAGGAGGGUACUAAAGUUAGCUCCACCCAGCCCUUUUAAUAGCCAGCUUUGACUGCCCCAGACCUGCUCAGAUCCAGGCUCAGCAGGUGCUCUGGUUUCAUCUUACUGCGCUGGUGCUUCCAAACCCCACAGGGGCCAGGCCUGGUGGGAGAUCUCCCGUUUGAAAGGCCUUGGCGUGGGUGCACACUGGCUAUCCCUCUCGCCUUGACUGCUCCUGCUGACUGUGCUCUUGGCACUCUCUCCUGUGGUCCCAGAGGGGGAUCCAUCUUUUCCCCGUCAACCUGAUACCUUUGCUGGCUCCAAAUUUUGCAGUCUAUUUUCAGAUGUAAAAUGAGAGGUGGGGCUUAAUAAGGAAAUGGCCUUGGGCACUAACAGGGUCAAGGCCACAGUAGUCUGAAUAAAUCCUUUACCACCACUGGCUUGAGUCCAUCAGUUCCCAGUCCUUUCAUCUAUCUGGAACCAUGCCCAGUGAGGACUGUGCCCCAACUCCCAAGCCACAAAGGUGCUGGGGGAGUCUCUUCAGCCCUGAGUCCUCCGGGGAGCAGGGGGGCAGAGCUGAGCGGCCUCCUGGAGCUUGGCGGGAGGAGGGGGCGGGGAAGGAGAAGGUGGGGAGAUCCGGCUAGAGGGGAGGCUCCGACGUCUCCUUCCUUCCUGGUUCCCGCAGCAGCUGCUGCCACUGCUCAGCUCAGUGAGGAGGGAGAGAGUGACUCGGAGACAGUGACUCAGAGGCAGAGCGGCAAGAGGGCCAAGGAGCACAACCGUCCAUGGACCCUGGGGUAAGAGGGCCGCGUGGCAUCAGCUGACAUUCUUUCAAGACGAGCUUACCCCCACCUGAAGCUGGGCCCCCCUAGGAACAGGUGACAUCCUUCCCCUUCUGCCCUGCUCUGCACCCCCAGCACGGAGUAGCCGUUCUCUUCUCCAUGGACUUCCAAGAGAGGGACCCUCCGCCCCUAGCAGAGAGUGUUCAGUCCUCAAAGCCCAGUGGUCCCCAGCAGGCCUCUGAGCUGUGGGAGGUAGUGGAGGAGCCUCGGGGCAGGCUGGGGGCAGAGGGUAUCAUACCUGAGAGGCAGGAGGGCCACCUGCUUAAGAAGAGGAAGUGGCCUCUGAAGGGCUGGCACAAGAGAUACUUUGUGCUGGAGGAUGGGAUCCUUCACUAUGCAACAACUCGGCAAGAUAUUACCAAGGGGAAGCUCCAUGGCUCCAUUGAUGUCCGGCUGUCUGUCAUGUCCAUCAACAAAAAGGCCCAGCGCAUUGACCUCGAUACUGAAGACAACAUCUACCACCUCAAGAUCAAGUCCCAGGACCUGUUCCAUAGCUGGGUGGCCCAGCUGCGUGCCCACCGCCUGACCACACCCCGUGGCCUGAUGCCCAGCACCACUCACCGGAAGGUUCCUGGCGCUCAGCUUCCAACAGUGGGUAGCACCUCAGCCCUGCCUGGGGUUGGACCUCGGGAGAAGGUGUCUUCCUGGCUGAGGGACAGUGAUGGACUAGACCGCUGUUCUCACGAGCUCUCGGAGUGUCAGGGCAAACUCCAGGAGCUACACAGACUUCUGCAGGGCCUGGAGUCCCUACACCGGAUCCCCUCAGCCCCUGUUAUCCCCACACACCAGGCCUCAGUGACAACUGAAAGACCCAAGAAGGGAAAACGAACAAGCCGCAUGUGGUGCACACAGAGCUUUGCCAAGGAUGACACCAUUGGACGGGUGGGUCGUCUCCAUGGCUCUGUUCCUAACCUGUCUCGCUAUCUGGAGUCUCGGGACUCCUCGGGCCCCCGUGGGCUGCCCCCCCCAGACUAUGCCCACCUGCAGCGCAGUUUUUGGGCCCUGGCGCAGAAGGUGCACAGCUCCCUCAGCAGUGUCCUGGCUGCCCUCACCACUGAACGGGACCAACUAAGGGACUUGCACCAGGGUUCAGAGCUAUCAAGAAUGGGGGUCUCUGAGGCCCCAGCUGGCCAGAGGCGUCUCCACUCUCUGUCCAUCUCCUCAGAUACCACUGCAGACUCCUUCAGCUCCCUCAACCCUGAGGAGAGUUCUUCGAUGCCUGUGAGGUCCUCCUCUCGGCCAGCUCUUCUGAGAACGAGGGUAGCUGGGCAGAUUCUUGCCAGGCCCUGGGCACUGCCCAGCUGCCCGGGGAGGCCCAAUCUGCCCGGCCUGUCAUCUGUCCUGGCCCAGGGCACAGAGGAGGAGGAGUCAUGUACCAGUGAAAUCACCACCAGCCUGUCUGAGGAGGUGCUGGACCUCAGGGGAGCUGAGCGCUAUCAGAAAGGGGGGUGUGUUCCAGGAAGAGCCGCAGGGCCACCCCGUCGCCGCUGCCUGCCGGCGGCCAGUGGGCCUGGAGCUGACGUGAGCUUGUGGAACAUUCUGCGCAACAACAUCGGCAAGGACCUGUCAAAGGUGUCGAUGCCUGUGCAGCUCAACGAGCCGCUCAACACUCUGCAGCGGCUCUGUGAGGAGCUGGAGUACAGCGGCCUCCUGGACCAGGCCAGCUGUACCGCUGACCCCUGCGAGCGCAUGGUGUACAUCGCAGCCUUUGCUGUUUCUGCCUAUUCCUCCACGUACCACCGAGCAGGCUGCAAGCCCUUCAACCCUGUCCUGGGAGAGACCUACGAGUGUGAGCGGCCUGACAGAGGCUUCCGCUUCAUCAGCGAGCAGGUCUCCCACCACCCCCCUAUCUCCGCAUGCCAUGCAGAGUCUGAGAAUUUCACCUUCUGGCAAGACAUGAAGUGGAAGAACAAGUUCUGGGGCAAAUCUCUGGAGAUAGUGCCUGUGGGGACAGUCAAUGUCAGCCUGCCCAGAUUUGGGGACCACUUUGAGUGGAACAAGGUGACGUCCUGCAUUCAUAACAUCCUGAGUGGCCAGCGCUGGAUAGAGCACUAUGGGGAGGUCCUCAUUCGAAACACACAGGAUAGCUCCUGCCACUGCAAGAUCACCUUCUGCAAGGCCAAAUAUUGGAGUUCCAACAUCCAUGAGGUACAGGGUGCUGUGUUCAGCCGGAGUGGCCGUGUCCUCCACCGACUCUUUGGGAAGUGGCAUGAGGGGUUGUACCGAGGACCCACACCAGGUGGUCAGUGCAUCUGGAAACCCAACUCAAUGCCCCCAGACUAUGAGCGAAACUUCGGCUUCACUCAGUUUGCCUUGGAGCUGAAUGAACUGACAGCAGAGUUGAAGCGGUCACUGCCUUCCACCGACACGAGGCUCCGGCCAGACCAGAGGUACCUGGAGGAGGGAAACAUACAGGCCGCUGAGGCCCAGAAGAGAAGGAUCGAGCAGCUACAGCGAGACAGGCGCAAAGUGAUGGAGGAGAACAACAUCGUCCACCAGGCUCGCUUCUUCAGGCGGCAGACAGACAGCAGCGGGAAAGAGUGGUGGGUGACCAACAACACCUACUGGAAGCUGCGGGCCGAGCCCGGCUACGGGAACCUGGAUGGGGCCGUGCUCUGGUAGCCCUGGCCCUGGGGCAGGAGGCUUUGCUUCCUCGCCCCUCCUGCCUCCAUCCCUACCACGGACACAUGGGUAGGGCCAGCUUCCCUGCUGCCUGCCCUUGAGACCAAAGGGGCAGCCCUGGCUCUGGCCCUCUCUCCCCUCUGCUGGUCAGAGGGGUGGCACCUCAGCCCAUCUCCCACCCCAUGGUUGAGGUGAGAAGCAGAAUCUGUGCUUCCCCAGUCUCGUCACCCCAGACAAUCAGCAUGUAAGACCCUUCUCGCUCUCUCACCUCCCUUCUUGUCCCCCUUGGGGUGCUUGGGGGUGACUCUGACUCCCAGGAUCUGUUCCCCAUUUCAGUGCCUUCUUAGGACACAGGGGACCCCUUGAUGCUCCCAGGCUUUCUGUGCCCAGGGCUCUGUCCCCAGCUGUGAAUUUCCAGCCAGUGAGGAAGAGCAGAUGGCCUCUUCCACCCCACACCCCACUUCCAGAGUCUUCUCCACUUGGCCCUGGCCCAGUAGGACUUUCUCUGGCUCCCUUUGGUUGGUCCCUGGGCAUCUCUCCCGUCCUCCCAAACUGCAAAAUGCCUGCCGCUUCUAGCUCCUUUGUCCCUGAUCCUCAGUGGAUUCCUCAGAGGGGACAAGGCCCCUCCAAGAGGAGGGGAGCAGCCCGAGGCGCCUGGCCUCCAACUGCGGGCAGUGACUGUGUGGGUGUGUCAGUUCGUGUAGGAGCGCAUAUGUGUGUGUGUGCGCACGCGCGUGUGUGUGCCCAUGUCCUGCUUGCAGGCGAGCAGGGUUCCUUCUGUAGCCCUGACUCCCAUGUGCUGGGUGUCCGCCAGCGCUGCUGCUCACUUUCUCACAGGCUGCCUCUGAGGAAGGUGAGGUGCUCUGACAUUCCAAGCUCCAAUAAAGACUGUCCCAGA